AUGGCUCAUGAUAAGAGUGAAGACAGUAACUUGUCUUUUUUGGAAAUAGCUGGCAUGAAUGAAAAUUUUAAAAAGGAAGUUGAUAGACGCACUGAAGAACUCUUAACCCUUGUUGAUACAAAUAAAAAUGGUUAUUUAACUUUAAAUGAAGUAGAAGAAUGGAUGGAUAGAAUGAAAGUUGAAAAACCAAAAGAAAAGGCAAUACAAAUAUUUGGACUCUAUGAUAUGGAUAGUGAUUCAGUAAUACUCAAAUCAGAAAUUGAGUUUUUUUGGAAAACGAGGUUCACAAAUACUAAAUGUCCAUCGUCAAAAUGUUUAGACGGUUGGGAAAGAGGCCAUGGUGGCAAUACCACAGUUGUUGUUGGUGGUUGUUUGGCAGUGUCGACCGUUGUCAAUAGAUAA